UCUGAGUAAAGGCUGCAGAAGUUCCUUAAACUGACUUUUAAACACCUUAAGUUCCAGUCUCCAUCAUGUUAAGGGUCAGAGGAGUAUGACAGCGAGGAACAUUCUCUGCUUUCUGUCCUGUAGAGCUGCUGGCAUUUCAUGAAACCAGUCGUGUAGUGUACGCAGUGGAAGUGGUCUGGUCCGUGUGGUUAUGGAGGGGUUUUGGGCUGUGUUUUCCCCUGUGCUGAGGGUCUGGUUUACCAGUUUGGUGGUCCUGAUCAUGCUGCCUGCCAUGUUUGGGAUCUCGCUUGGCAUCACUGAGACCUACAUGAAGAUCCUUAUCAAAACCUUAGAGUGGGCAACACACAGAAUCCAAAGGGCAAGUAGAGCAGAGGAGAUACUGAAACAUUCCGCAUCAAAUGGUUUAAUUCAGCGGGAUAAUUCGUCUUUGGAGCAGGAGAUCGAGGAGUUGCGUCGGAACAGGCCAAAGUCAGCCGAGCGUGGAGACUUCACUCUGAGCGACGUCCUGUACUUCACCAGGAAAGGCAUUGAGAGCAUUGUGGAAGACGAUGUCACGCAGAGAUUCACCUCAGAGGAGCUGGUGUCCUGGAACCUCCUCACCCGAUCCAACAACAACUUCCAGUACAUCUCUCUCAGGCUCACUGUACUGUGGGGAGUUGGCGUGGUCGUGAGAUACUGCAUACUGCUUCCUCUACGGAUUACACUUACAGCUAUAGGGCUGAGCUGGUUGGUGAUUGGCACAACGAUGGUGGGUUUCCUCCCCAAUUUCAGAGUGAAGGGUUGGUUGAGUGACCUGGUCCACUUGAUGUGCUACAGGAUCUGUGCAAGAGGCCUUUCAGCUACGAUUCACUAUCACAACAAACAGAACAGGCCUAAGAGAGGAGGCAUCUGUGUAGCUAAUCACACUUCGCCAAUUGAUGUCGUUAUUCUGGCUAAUGACGGCUGUUAUGCAAUGGUAGGACAGGUUCAUGGUGGUUUAAUGGGAGUCCUCCAGCGUGCAAUGGAGAGAUCUUGCCCUCAUAUCUGGUUUGAGAGAGCAGAGAUGAGAGACCGCCACCUAGUGACACAAAGGUUAAGAGAUCAUGUAAAUGACAAAACAAAGCUGCCAAUACUCAUCUUCCCUGAGGGAACUUGCAUCAAUAAUACAUCAGUAAUGAUGUUUAAAAAGGGAAGUUUUGAAAUUGGAGGAACUAUCUCAGGUCCGGCAGGAAUUUAUGACCCUCAGUUUGGAGAUGCUUUCUGGAACAGCAGCAAAUAUAGCAUGGUGAGCUAUCUGCUGCGGAUGAUGACGAGCUGGGCCAUAGUCUGCAACGUCUGGUAUCUGCCUCCAAUGGCGCAGAAGGAAGGAGAGGAUGCUGUGCAGUUUGCCAACAGGGUGAAAUCAACCAUUGCACAACAAGGAGGUUUAGUGGACUUGGACUGGGAUGGGGGUCUGAAGAGGGCAAAGGUGAAGGAUUCGUUUAAGGAGCAACAGCAGAAGAAGUACAGCCACAUGGUGGUGGGUGAUGACAGCAGUGACUGAACACAAAGAUCUUCUCGUUCACCAAUCACUGGAAAUACGUCAACUU